GGAGGCGGGCGGCACCGCCUCCCCCGCGGCCCCUUCGACUCCCGCUCCUCCGCCGGCGCCCUCCUCGGCGGCGGCGCGGCCAUGGCGGAGGGCGCGGCGCUGCGGGCCGUGAGGGACUGCCUGGCCGCCUUCCCGCGGGAAGCCCGCGCCGCCCCGGAGAACUCCAGGUCUGACAGUCCCUUACCUUUCUAAGAGCUGGGGUUGGUGGAGUCUGUACCGUAUCUGGAUAGGCCUCCAUCCCCUCUGGAGUUUUAUCGGGAAUGGGUGAGUCCGAAUAAACCUUGUAUAAUUCAGAAUGCCAUCGGUCACUGGCCAGCUCUGAAGAAGUGGACCUUAACGUACCUCAGGGAGGUAGUUGGUUCCAAGGUAGUGUCUGUGGCAGUAACACCAAAUGGUUAUGCAGAUGCAGUGUUUCAGGACCGUUUUGUCAUGCCAGAAGAGCGUCGAAUGCCAUUCAUGGACUUUUUGGACAUUGUGGAGAAGAAAGUGACUUCUCCCAACGUAUUCUAUGUGCAGAAGCAGUGUUCAAACCUCACCGAGGAGUUCCCUGAACUUGUAUGUGAUGUGCAGCCUGACAUACCGUGGAUGAGUGAGGCACUUGGGAAGAAGCCUGAUGCUGUGAAUUUCUGGCUUGGGGAAUCAGCUGCUGUGACAUCUUUACAUAAAGAUCAUUAUGAGAACUUGUACUGUGUUAUAUCUGGAGAGAAGCAUUUUCUACUGCAUCCACCAAGUGACCGUCCCUUCAUCCCAUAUGAGCUCUAUCAGCCAGCAACCUACCGUGUGUCAGAAGGUGGCUCAUUUGAAAUUGUUGAUGAGAAGACUGUAGAUAAGGUGCCUUGGAUCCCCUUGGACCCUUUGAACCCAAAUCUGGAACAAUAUCCAGGAUAUGCUCAGGCAAAACCUUUGCAGUGUACAGUGAAAGCUGGUGAGAUGUUAUACCUCCCUUCUCUCUGGUUCCACCAUGUUCAGCAAUCACAUGGCUGUAUAGCAGGAUCUGGUCCAUACCCUGGACUUAUUGAUUUGUAUGGAUCUGGAGGAGGUCUUGUUGAAUACAGAGCAAGUCUUCUGGCUAGCAGAGGCUUUGUGACACUGGCUCUGGCUUACAUGGCCUUUGAAGAUCUCCCUGCUAUGCCAGAGAUUCUUGAAUUGGGUUAUUUUGAGGAAGCUGUAAAUUUUUUGCGGAAGCAACAGCAGGUGAAAGAUACUGCGAUUGGCGUUUUGGGCUUGUCUAAAGGAGCUGAUCUAGCCCUUUCCAUGGCCACGUUUCUACCUGGCAUCAAGGCAGCUGUCAGCAUUUCUGGAAGUGGUUUUAAUUCAUUCAUUCCCCUGCGAGGUGAUGGCUUCACUGUUCAUCCCCACCCAUAUGAUUUGGGAAGGAUGAAGGCCAGUGAGGAGUCUGGCCUAGUAGAUUUUACAGAUAUUCUAGAUGAUCACAGGGACCCAGCGACUUGGGAUUGUCGCAUUCCCAUGGAGAGGUCCUUGGCUAAGUUCCUCUUCCUGUCAGGGCUGGAUGACGCAAACUGGAAAAGUGACCUCUAUUGCCAGGAUGCUGUUCAGCGCCUUCAGCAGUAUGGACGGAAAGUGGAGUUUUACUCUUACUCCGGAGCAGGGCACCUCUUGGAGCCCCCAUACUUUCCUCUGUGCCGGGCUUCAAUGCACAAAGUGCUUGGGGUAUUUGUGCAGUGGGGAGGGCAAUGGAGAGAGCAUGCCAAAGCCCAAGAUGAUGCUUGGCACAGGAUACAGGCCUUUUUCUGGCAACAUCUGAUGGAUUUAAACCUUCCCAAGAGCAGUCUGUAGUGGAAGAGGUGUUGAAGAUGUGGACAGGAUUAGUAUUUCAGUUCUCACUGUAUUAGGGUUUGAGUCUUGGAAACACAUUGAAAGUUUCCUAGCCUACCUUCUUCUACACCCCAUUGUGGCAUAGUUGUUUAUUUUCAUUCCCCAAAUAACUUUCCACUUUUUAGUUAAAUUUUAGGUGUCUUCUGGCCCCAGCUGUUCUGUGGAUUGGCACUAUUUGAUCUGCCUGAGUGCCAUAGUUACCUGAAAAAAACUCAGUGUCCUGUCAUGCAAGUUGAGUUUGUGCUGAGCCAUCUUUGCCCUCUGUGUCCAAUCCUCCUCUUCAGUAGCAGGAAAUCUUCUUAUAGGAGGAGUUUUCCAUUGGAUUGGCUAGGAUUACACCUUUAGUUAAGCUAGAUGUAAACAGUUGUAUUUUGGGACAAUACAUCGGUACGUUAUCUCACUUUUCUGUUGAUGUAUCAUUUUCUCACAUCCCUGGGUAACAGGGUUGCUGCAGUUCUGAUCUCAACUGAGUAAAAAGGCACUCUUCUGACUUA